AAAUGGAGCACGAGCAACCACUAGUGAGUGAGUGAUAGCGAAAGCAACCUGCAAGCAUCACAUUCACAAGCAUGGCCCAAUCGAUGAACAGCCACAACCGUUUCGGAAGCCCAUUUUAAGAUACAGAAGAAACACCAACCAAGAUUAUAUCUUUCCAAAGAUUUCUUCGUGCAGUGGGUUGGGCUGAAAUGCAGACACUAGGCUCCUCUUCCUCUGUGUCUUUGUCAGCUGCAAAGCCCGUCUGGUUGUCGGCUUCGGCUCCACCGGUGGUUCGCGUCUAUUCUCUCUAUACUGCAAAGCCUUCUUCCCUCAAUAGCGAUUCCAAUUCCAUGGCUACGGCCUCGCCCAAGUGGGCACAGAAGACUAUUACCCUACCUCCACAGCGCCGAGGCUGCCAUCUUAUUACUCCCAAGAUUUUGAAUGAAAUUGGUCCAGACUUAUCAGAAUUCAAGUGCGGCCUCGCUCAUCUCUUCUUACACCACACAAGCGCCUCUCUUACUAUCAACGAGAAUUAUGACUCUGAUGUUCGUGAUGACACCGAGACUUUCCUCAAUAAGAUAGUUCCAGAGGGGAGAUCUGCUCCUUGGAAGCAUACACUGGAAGGCCCAGAUGACAUGCCAGCACACAUCAAGUCAUCAAUGUUUGGAUGUGAACUCACGAUACCAAUCACAAAUGGAAAGCUUAAUAUGGGCACUUGGCAGGGGAUAUGGCUGUGUGAACAUCGUGAUCACCCUACUGCACGCAGAGUUGUGGUUACCCUUAACGGAAUAUAAGUACAUGAUAUUCAGAGACAUUCCGUGUCUUUUCUUCAGAGAUAUACGGUUAUAAGUAGGCGGUUUGUUUCAUGAAAAUAUAUUGUCUGUAAUCUCUGCAACUCUGUUUACUUAUUCAUGGAUUUGUACUCUGGCGAGUGGCUUGUUAGAACUAGAAUUGCUGAAUAACGUGGAGACCAUGGCAUGAAAUUACCAUCAACUGAUGGAUUGAAUGAUGUGCAUGCCUCAAAAGAUUUUUUUUAUUUUUUUCUCUUUAAGCAAAAGUUAAGCAAUUUGUUACCA